AUGGAAACGUGGUUAUUUUUCAAUCACGUCCUCGGCGUGUCUCUGUCUCUGUCGGUGCUGCUGCUGCUGGGUCUACCGGGGCCCCUCGGGGCAGGGACCCCCAGUAGUAGUAACAACAACAGCACGGAUCCGCAAGCAGCAGUACUUGACAGCAUCUCCCCCCCACCACCACCUUUCUGCAGUCUGUACAGGCCAGACAGCCUGGUGAGCACCCUCUGGUGGCCACAGCUGGAAGUGAGCAGCAGCAGCAACAGCGGCACUAGCAGCAACAGCGGCACUAGCAGCAGCAGCAGCAGUAGCGGCACUAGCAGCAGCAGCAGCAACAGCGGCACUAGCAGCAGCAGCAGCAACAGCGGCACUAGCAGCAGCAGCAGCAGCAGCAGCAGGGACUUGCAGGACUUUACUAACACAGACCAGGUGCCAGACGCCUCCCCUGCGGUGUCCUGGGAGGCCAGUUCCUGGAUGUUGACGGAGGAAUCCCGACUCCCCCAGGACAGCCCAGACACCACCCUCCGACUGGGAGACGCCUCGACGUCCCACGCAGCCGUCCACACCGACAGCACCUACACCUCCAACGCCAUCACCCGAGCUGGGGAUAGGACCCUGCUGUCUGUCACCUCCUCUUCCAGCAACAGCACCUCCUCUGCCUUUACAGAGGACUCCAACUCCCAUCAGCCCCGCUCCACCUGGGGUAUUUCUGCUAGCGCUACAGAGACUGAGGACUACACCCACAGCGCCCCGUCCACCAGGACUGACAGCAGGGACACUACAGACCAGCACAUGACCCACUCCUUCAAGAGGACAUCUCAAGAGACCGGGAGCCCAGAGGGGCCCAGAGGGACCCAAAGUUUAACCAAUGCCACCCAUCAACAAUACACCGCAACAUCAGAGGAGACCUCUGACUCGACACCACCUCUCAGCGUGACCGAGCUCAGCACCGACCAAUCUGAAGUGUCCGUUUCCUUCACGCCUUCUGUCACCUCGCCAGCAGAAGGUCAAACAGACAUCUCGGGGACAGAGCAGAGGUCUGAUGUUACAACCUCCACCGAGUCCUCCACCGGACUCCACAGAUCCAGCACUCAGAACCAGGGGAGCACCGAGGGGGUUUCAUCCCAGACCAGGGAGGACAAUGUGGACUUGGGUCUGACCACAGCGCCCCCUACAGUCCGCAGUAGUACAUCUGAAGUGGACGACUCUCUAACGGACACUCCAGUGCUGAUUACUGAGGUCUUCCUCACCACCGUACCUGUUACUGUUACAGAAAGAUCACAGAUAACAGAGGAAGACACUUUCCAACCCACUUCCUCCACCUCCACCUCCACCACCACUGCUACCACCACUAUCACCACCACCAGCACCACCACCCCCACCACCCCCACCACCACCACCACCCCUCCUGUACCUGCAACCUCAUCCUCCAGUUUCAGUAGCACCGCUGGCAGCUCUACUCCGGGGUCACCUACCAAGGCCACCAUCCCGUACACUACUACAUCCUCCACCACGGCCUCCACCCCGGCCCUGCUGACCUCUGCAGCGCACCCAACUCACCGUGUGUCACCCAGCCAAACCCAGGGACCCUCAACUCGGAUGGCUAACCCCACAAACACCACCACCCUGCAGAUAGAAACAAGCAGGGGCCCUCCAAGAAUCACCACGACUCACAGACCGCGCAUCACCACCCGCACCACCACCCGCACCACCACCACCGCCACCUACACCCACAGCACAACAACCAAGAGCACAGAGCCCCUGCAGACCACCAGGAAACAGAUAGACAGAGGAACUACAGAGCUGGUGGCGACGACAUCACCCACCAAGGCACCAACGCCGCCAAGAAACCCUUGUGUGUCCAACCCUUGUAUGAACGGAGGGAUGUGUGUGAGCUAUAUAGGGCAUCAGUUCACCUGCCACUGUCAGCAGGCAUGGACAGGACCGACCUGCAACGAGGAUGUGGACGAGUGCCAUAGGGACCCCUGCCCCGUCGGGUCCAGAUGUGUGAACACGCGAGGCUCCUUCAGCUGUGAAUGUCCGCUCGGCUUCGACCUGGAGGACGGACGCACCUGCACCAGAGCAAAGACGUUUCUGGGAACUUUCAGCGUUAACAGAAAGCAACAUGACCCUGUUAUCUUGAAGAGCGCCACCAUGCAUGAGAUCCAGAGAGAGAUCAUUCAGCUGCUCAACGCUUCGCUGUCAGUCCUCCGAGGUUACAGCCGCUCGACGCUGAGUAAGAAAGGAGAGGAAGGGGUUCAUAUCGCAGCUGUCAACAUGUUUUCCAUUUCCACCGACGUGACGAGCGCGGAGGUCUACAACAGCAUCCAGAUGUCUCUCAGAAACUGCAGCUCCUCGUUGACCCACUGCCGGAUGGUGCUGCACCACCAGCUCACGUAUCACGCGGAAAGCCUGUGCGCGGCCCAGAAGACUCAGUGUGAUGCGGAGCGCUCCGCCUGCACAGACAACAGCGGCACAGCCAACUGCCAGUGUCUUGAAGGAUACUACAAACACGACCCUGACGACCUGUCCUGCUUAGAUUGUGGGGAUGGCUACAAGCUGGAAAAUGGCACCUGUGUCCCGUGCAUGUUCGGAUUCGGAGGAUUCAACUGUGGAAACUUUUACAAGCUGAUUGCAAUCGUGGUGUCACCUGCAGGGGGCGCUCUGCUCCUCAUCCUCAUCAUCGCCCUCAUUGUCACCUGUUGCAAGAAAGACAAGAAUGACAUCAACAAGAUCAUCUUCAAGAGCGGAGACCUGCAGAUGUCCCCGUACGCAGACUUCCCCAAAAAUAACCGCAUAUCCACGGAGUGGGGCCGGGAGACCAUCGAGAUGCAAGAGAACGGCAGCACCAAGAACCUGCUGCAGAUGACUGACAUCUACUACUCUCCUGCGUUGCGUAACUCAGACCUGGAGAGAAACGGCCUGUAUCCGUUCACGGGCCUGCCGGGUUCUCGCCAUUCGUGCAUCUACCCCGCCCAGUGGAACCCAUCCUUCAUCAGCGACGAUUCACGGAGACGAGACUACUUCUAACUGCCCCACCCUCAACACACACAAACACAGAAACAUCUCUUAAACUGACACUUGAUGUGAUGUGUUUUAAUGGUUUUCUGUCACAGUGAGAGCCCAUUUGACCCUCUGCAUUCAGGGCUGCACACUAAUUAUGUAAAUGCAGGUGUGUGUGUGUGUGUGUGUGUGUGUGUGUGUGCAUAUUAUGUAAGUGCACCUUUUUUUGCAAGUUAAAUGUUUCCUGAGAGUGCUAUUGUGUGACCAUUUCAGCGUUUUUGCAUGUUUUAGCUCAUUUACUUCAGCUCACACAUUACAUGGCUGCUGUGUUGUUAAAGACUGUUUAAUGUGUUUUUUCCUGCCUCCCAGGCAGCCGCUGAUUCUCAUUUACUUCACUGUACGACGAAAAACAAUUUGAGACGUGCUCGAGGCAGGUGAUCCAUGACGGUAAACAAUCAUAUCUGCCUCGUUGCUGCCUGGUAACGCAGUGCAGAUUUCCUUGAAAAAUCUGCACUGCAUUAAUGCACGGUGAUAAAUAAAAGCAGAUCACUCACGGUGCUCACAGACAGCAAUGUGAAUUAUUGACUGCCAUUUAGAUUAAAUAUUAAAAAAACAGCAGUAAUGCGAUGUGGAGUAAAUAGACCAGAACAUGCAAAAACAGUGAUAUGGUCCUUUAAGUGCUGAAAUAUGAAUAUGUGCGUGCCACUGCUGUGAUUUGAAAAUAAUCUUCUUAGAUAAUAGUCUGAGGAUAAAGUAUUGAAGUCAAUAACAAACCACUGAAGGAUGCACAAAGUUUUGGUUUAAUGCCAAUAGAAACUGAUGCCGACGUUUAUUUAUUCCCUCUGUGUCCAAAUCCUCGACAUGUAGCAUAAUGGACAUCUCAAAAACACACUGACAGACUGAAGAGGGAUAAACGUGUGUGUGUGUGUGUGUGUGAGAGAGAGAUAGAGUGUGUGUGUGUGUGUCUUAAAGUAUUGGUGUGUGUGAGGAGUAAUUAACUGUCUACCAGAAGGAUCAUAACUGUCAGUGAGUGUUUGACUGUAAAGAAUGUAAAGAUGUAUCAUAAUUAGUUUGCUAUUUUCCGACACGGAGUAUUAUUAUUUUUUAUGAGACUGUUUUCUUACUUUGUGUUUAUAUCAUCUGUUGAUUCUGGCGUUUUAGUCAGACGUGCUUAUUUAAAUAAAACAUUUUGCACAGCA